GGGGCGGGCUCCGAGCGUGGGGAGGGCGCUUGCGCACUGCUGCUGCCGCUGUCGCCGCGGAGCCGGAGGGGAAGCGAUGGCUGGGCCCGCAUGGAUCUCCAAGGUCUCUCGGCUGCUGGGGGCAUUCCACAACCCAAAACAGGUGACCAGAGGUUUUACUGGUGGUGUUCAGACAGUAACUUUAAUUCCAGGAGAUGGUAUUGGCCCAGAAAUUUCAGCUGCAGUUAUGAAGAUUUUUGAUGCUGCCAAAGCACCUAUUCAGUGGGAGGAGCGGAACGUCACUGCCAUUCAAGGACCCGGAGGAAAGUGGAUGAUCCCUUCAGAGGCUAAAGAGUCCAUGGAUAAGAACAAGAUGGGCUUGAAAGGCCCUUUGAAGACCCCAAUAGCAGCCGGUCACCCAUCUAUGAAUUUAUUGCUGCGCAAAACAUUUGACCUUUACGCAAAUGUUCGACCAUGUGUCUCUAUCGAAGGCUAUAAAACCCCUUACACCGAUGUAAAUAUUGUGACCAUUCGAGAGAACACAGAAGGAGAAUACAGUGGAAUUGAGCAUGUGAUCGUUGAUGGAGUUGUGCAGAGUAUCAAGCUCAUCACCGAGGGGGCGAGCAAGCGCAUUGCUGAGUUUGCCUUUGAGUAUGCCCGGAACAACCACCGGAGCAACGUCACGGCGGUGCACAAAGCCAACAUCAUGCGGAUGUCAGAUGGGCUUUUUCUACAAAAAUGCAGGGAAGUUGCAGAAAACUGUAAAGAUAUUAAAUUUAAUGAGAUGUACCUUGAUACAGUAUGUUUGAAUAUGGUACAAGAUCCUUCCCAAUUUGAUGUUCUUGUUAUGCCAAAUUUGUAUGGAGACAUCCUUAGUGACCUGUGUGCAGGAUUGAUCGGAGGUCUUGGUGUGACACCAAGUGGCAACAUUGGAGCCAAUGGGGUUGCAAUUUUUGAGUCGGUUCAUGGGACAGCUCCAGACAUUGCAGGCAAGGACAUGGCGAAUCCCACAGCCCUCCUGCUCAGUGCCGUGAUGAUGUUGCGCCACAUGGGACUUUUUGACCAUGCUGCAAGAAUUGAGGCCGCAUGCUUUGCUACAAUUAAGGAUGGAAAGAGCUUGACAAAAGAUUUGGGAGGCAAUGCAAAAUGCUCAGACUUCACAGAGGAAAUCUGUCGCCGAGUGAAAGAUUUAGAUUAAUGCUUCUACAACUGGUAUUUGCAUCAGUCACUCUAAAUGGACACCACAUAAACCUCUAUUUAGAAUACCUACGUAUGUAUGCAUUGGUUCGCUUGUUUCUUGACAGUACAUUUUUAGAUCUGGCCUUAAUGAAAUCUGCGCAAAAGAUGCAGGUGGAUGUCCCUAGGUCUGUUUUCAAAGAACUUUUUCCAAGUGCUUGUUUUAUUUAUUAAGUGUCUACCUGGUAAAUGUUUUUUUGGUAAACUCUGAGUGGACUGUAUCAUUUGCUAUUCUAAACCAUUUUACACUUAAGUUAAAAUAGUUUAUCUUCAGCUGUAAAUAUCAGGAUACAGAAUUAAUAAGAGAAAAUGUCUAACUUUUUAAGAAAAACCUUAUUUUCUUUGGUUGUUGAAAAACAUAAUGAAAAUAAAACAGGAUAUUGAUGUAAUAGCACAAAAUGACACUCUUAUAAAACUAAAUGGGCACAAGAGAAAUUUCCUGGGAAAGUUCACAUCAAAAAGAGUGAAUGUGGUAUAUUUCUAAAUGAUAUGAAAAAUAGAGACAGAUUUGUCCUUUACAGAAAUUACUGAUUAUGAAUAAAAACUUCAGAUCCCUGAAAUAUAUAAUGAGAGAUAUAAUUUUUGUUAAUGACAAAGAUAAUAUAUUGGAUACAAAAACACAAAUGUAUUGCGCAUUCAAUUAUUUUGUUGUCUUGAGAUUUAAUAUUCUUUCCAAGAGCUUUUAAUGAAGCAGAGAGCUAGUACUUCAUUUUCAUUGGAUACAUUUUCAGCAUCAUGAGUUGUCACAGCCUCUGAGCCCCUGAUCUUAAGCCAGAAGGGCUGAGUGUAUUGUAAACUUAUUCUUGCACGUUGCUGUUUGGGAAUGGACCACACUACAGCUGGUAGUUCUGGGGGCGAUACUGCUUAAAGGCCUGAACACAUGUAUUUUGGCUCCAAUUGAGGAACUCGGGAUGCUGACUGUUAAUUUCGUAUUUCAACAACUGCCCCUUCUCCUAUCCCAGAGCACCAAUUACUGCCCUCUGCAUCAGCAGUACAAGAUGACAUUCCAAAGACUGGAGGCGACUCAGCCUGAGUUAAUUCACAAAAUUGUGCCAUGCUGGGGCUUGAGCUUGGGCUUAGGCUUGGGCUCAGCUUUUGACCUUCAGGUGUCUCCUUUCCCUUCCUGCCUUCCUCUCCCUUAUCCUCUGCUGCAGCAUGAUUUUCUUAAUCUUCAGACACUCACUAUUUUCAUGAACAGUUACCCUCUGGCCCCACAACCAAAGACAACUCAUGACCUCCCUUGGCCCUUGUGUAACAUUGCAAACCUGUGGCUUUGCAAAAUGUACCCAGGUCACAAGGGGAUUUUUUUUUUUUUUUUUUUAGCAAUGAUAUUCCUGCCUGGGUAACUUUUUAAGCUUGUAACCAGACUUAUAAUCUUAAAUGUAUUUUCCUUUGUUUAAGCUGCUGCUUUCUGUGUUUCAUUGGAUUGAGCUAGUUAUCAGUGGCUCUUGGGUUCAAAGUAAUAAAGAAUUCCAAAACUGA